AUCUCAAAUCAAAUCAGGAAAAGAAACCAAAAAAAGGAAAAGGAAAAUAACUUCCUCAACAAAUCAGAGAAAAGCCCCGAUUAGCGCCCACACAUCACGCCCCUUUCACCGUUCACACUCAACUCCCUCGAUUAGUAAUAACAGGAAAACCAUCCGCCGGAGGCCGGAGGGCAGAUUCUCCACCACCGCCUCCACCCCGCCCUCACGACGCGAAUCUGCGGCGAACCCCCCUCUCGUAUUCCUUCUCGCCGCCCUGCCCCGAGCGCACCGUUUAGAGGCCGCCAGGCUCCGGCACCCCCGCCCGCCCGGGCUCGCCUGGGGUCGGGAUGCCCUGCUGCCCGCCGUCGCUGCUCGGAGUCGGCCCACGGCUGCGCUCCUUCCUCCGCGACUACGACGCGCUCCAGUCCCUCGCCCUCGUACUCAUCUACCUCCAGAUUGGUUGUGCACUGAUCGGAUCACUUGGGGCAUUGUUCAAUGGGGUUCUUGUGAUCAACCUGGUGAUUGGUCUAUUUGCUGUUGUUGCAAUUGAGAGCAGUAGCCAGAGACUUGGUCGGACAUAUGCUGUCCUUCUCUUCUUUGCUGUCGUCCUUGACGUUGCUUGGUUUAUACUCUUCUCACAUGCUAUCUGGACUAUUAAUCCUGAUGAUAAGUAUGGUCAACUGUUUGUUUUCUCACUCAGACUUGCAUUGUGGAUGCAAAUCAUUGGGUUUUCAGUCAGGUUUUUGUCUUCGUUCUUAUGGAUUCAGAUGUAUAGAUUAGGGCCUUCUUUCACCACGCCAACAUAUUUUGAAACCAACCAUGAAGCAAGAACUAGUUUCUUGAGCCCUAGAUCUGAUUCAGUUAGACGGAAUUCCAUGGCAGAUGAUAUAUUAGGGGGUUCAAUCUAUGAUCCUUCUUACUACUCGUCACUGUUCGAGGAUGUUCGAAACAAUGCAUGCAAUCAUCAGGUAUUACCUUCUAGUUUCUGGCACACUGUUCUUUUCAUUCAAAUUCAAUGUUUAACAUAUUAGGGGAAAGAAUAGGAUGACCAAAUACCUCUGUCCAUUUUGUGUUUCUUUCUAUCUCAAUAAAUUUGUCUUGUCUAGACCACCUACCUUCAAUCUGUGACAAAUAAUUUAAGAAUCUGAAUGUGCUAUCAGCUCACUGUAUCACAUAGCAAAAUCUUUAGUGUACAUUUUCUGAUGUGUUUGUUUGACUGAAGUACCAACGAGAUAGUUGAGAGUAUAAAGUAUCUAUUCAAUUAUUCUGGAAAUACUGACCUACUUAAUUUCACUUUUUCUAAGUAGCUCUUUUUUCUAUGAAGACGUUUGCAUCAAAGUAAAAUUAGAUAAAUACAUGUUUGAACUAUACCUUUGGAAUGCUUCGAAAACGUGGACCUUUUCAGCUGUCAUAUGGAAUUUGAAGUUUAUGCAGUACUCAGGUUCGUGAGAAUUAACUGUGUAUAGUUCACUGAUUUUGUAAGUACAGUUGAUGUGGAGUAACAUGGGAAAACUUUAUUGGCUAUUCCAGUUAUUUCCCUGGUACAGAAGCUAUAAAAAAGCAGCAUAUUAUCUUAGUUACUUUCUCUGAUUGUAAAUAUGAAUCCGUAUAUCCUUUCUCUUAAGUCAAACUUUUCUUUAACUUUGAUGGUCAAUAUGUGAAUUUUUGUAUAGAAUAGCAAUGCAAGAUCGAAAUUAAUAGAUUCAUUAUGAAAAAUACUUUUAUAUAUCUCUUUUCAUUUAAGGUAAUGUAUUUUUUUACAGAUAUUGCUUGUAAUAGUGUCAUAUUUGAGACUGUCUUAAUGUAUUAAUGGACUUAUAUUUGUGAUUGGAGGAAGUAUGUGAUGCAUAAAUUUUUUCGUUUAUUUAUAUGUGAUCAUUAUGGUGUGUACUAAACUGUAAAUAUUUACCUUGACUGGAUCAAACUUAAGAAUAUCACAAAUUCUCACACAAUAGACUGCACAUUCUCUCUGAUUUAUACUAAUUCAUUUGUAAUUCUCUAUUCUCAUUUCCAUCAAGAUUUUGGUUGCAUUCUUAUUUAGCUUAGUGCAAGCACAAUGCCGAUUUUGAGGUUUUUUUUUCUGUAAAAUGCAUUUGCCCAGGUUGAAGAUGUUAAGUUCUGCUUCAAUGGGUGAUAAACAAAGUGGUAGUAAUGACAGUGGUUCAACAUCCGCGGGCCAGUCACCACGACUUAAAUCUUUUGCUUGUAGAUCUCUUCUGGCUAAUGAUGUGGAAAGUGGACUAAGAAGACCGUUGAACUCCUAGGAUAAAACAGCGGGCUCAUGUUGAAGUUCAUUUCUCGGACCAGUGGGAGGGGGCUGUCCAGCGAAAGGAGCUUGGCAAAUACUGUAACUGUGACUUCAUGUGGGCAUCCACAGCAGUCUUGGCGCCAUUUUGGAGCACCGUUCGUACUCAGCGAGCUUUGAGUUAAGCCGGAUGUUUCUGCAAAGAGCUGUUCAAUGUUGGUGUUGCAUAUCGGUUUAUGUCAUGCGAUAUGUUUACUGCUCAUCACGGUCCAAUUUUUCUGACCUGCCUUCCUGUUUCUUUUAGCUACCAAGGAAAAUGAAGCAGGUAGUUCAUUAGUUAUUUAGUAAAUUGGCUAUUUUUUUUCUAGCCGUAGCUUGCCAGCUGCUUCUCUUCGAGCAUUUUGGUCAUUGUUCAUAGUGCUGUCAUGACAAGGAGCACAUCUCUAGAUCAGUAAAGGAAAGAAAUGUAAAUCUCAUUCGUUUCUGGAAAGAGGUGAAAUGCAUGAGACUCGUUUAAAA